AUGGCCGCGGUCAUGACACAGACUGAAUGCGCUCAAGCCAUAAGAUCGCCAGGGUCUUUGCUGAAACUGGGCUCCCCAGGAGAUGGAACCGGGCCGACAGAGCCACAAAUACAACCAGAUGGUGUUGCACCGGUCUUUGAGAUGUCUCCAGAUACUGCAAUGCAGCUGCUUUGCAACAACCUUGAAAACCUGCAAACCCACUUCGCGGCGAUGUCCACAGAACCCAAUUCGCUUAGCUCCACUCCGGCGGAAAACGAGACUCCAGCCGAGGGAGAUUCCCUCCUGCAGGCGGUGGGCCUACAUUGUGGGGAUCCCGAACACGCGGCUGACAGGACCCGUGAAGAGGCUUUCCAACUGGCGAUGCUAUCCAGGAAGUUUCUUUCGAAAAAGGUGCCUCCGAUCCCCAUCAGGGAUUACUUGGUUCGCCUUCACCAAUACUGCCCUAUGUCUACAGCGGUAUUUCUGGCUACGAGCGUGUAUAUAACGAAGAUGGCUCUGGUGGAGAAAGUUCUUCGGGUGACGCCGAAGAACAUGCAUCGUCUCGUUCUCGCCGGCCUCCUGGUGGCGACCAAGGCGCUUGAAGAUCUCAGCUUUCCCCAUAGUCGAGUUGCCAAAGUUGGCGGGGUUACUGAGCAAGAGCUGUCCAAGCUAGAGAUUAGCUUUUGCUUUCUGGCCAAUUUUGAGCUGCGCGUAGAUGCGCAGAUGUUGAUGGAUGAAAUCCAGCUGCGGUGCAACCGGGACUCGUCCAAUGACGACACAGGUGCUUCAUGA